CAUUUUUUAUCGCUCGAGAUAAAAAUUAACUUCGAAAGAACUAAGAAAUACAAUAAGUCAAGAAGGAAAAAGGCAAGGUUAUGAGGUAAAAAGCAAGAAACAGGAAACAAAGAACACACUGUAGACCAGGCUUUACUCAUUAAAUAUCAAGAAAGAUAGAAUGAUGAAUGUAUCGAUUUGUGUCACUAAAUAGAAAGCAUCCUAUAUGUACCAGAUUUAACAAAUAAAAAGUAUGGACGGUUCAAUGGAAGACAGUGAUUGUAUGAUACAAGAAGUAACACCAAAGAAAAAAAAGAAAAUGAGACAAGCACAACUACCAUUUCAAAUAUUUAGUUCCUCUAAAUCACCAAACAGUACAGAUAAUGAGUCUAACACGAAGAAGAGGAAAAUAAAGUCGCCUUUGGUAGGAUCUAAGAGCUCUAAAGUGUUAAAACUUGCAGCAACAGAGAAUUCGGUCAGAAAAGUACCUGAGAAGAAAAGAGAAGAUGCAAGCGAGAAAAAGCUUAAUGUUAGCAAUGAUAUUGAAAUAAUAUUAGAUGAAGAAAAGGAAGAUCUCGAGCAAAGUGAUCAGCAAGAUACCAGGAAAAUCGAUAGUACAUCGAAAAGAAGCACCCCAGGAAAAAAUAAGAAACUGGAUAAAUCUCAACAAAAACCUGGUGCCUUAACUAAGUUUCUAAAAAAAACAGACAAGGAGAUUGAAAAAAGUGACCAUGUCGAUAAUUUACCUGAACAAAAAGAUAGUAAUCAUGAUAAUAAUUUACUUGAAUUAAAAGAUAAGAAAGACUGUCAAAAUAUAUCUGUACAUAAGGAAUCAAAUGAAGUCUGUAUGAAUGAAAGCUUAAACUCACAAUGUAUUCGAUCUGAAUUAGAUACGUCUCAACUAAGUGAAAUAGAUGAUAGUAUUGUUAAUAAGGAUACAGAUUUUUCUCUUCAGAAAACGAACUGUGAUAUUACUAUUUUAUCUUCGGAUAACGAGGCUUCGAGCGAGUUAGAUACAUCAAUAUCGAAUAGAAAUAAAGAAACUGACAAACUUGCAUCUCCUGUUACUCCAAAAACUGAUAAAGAUAUUAAGAAGAAUAAAAUUAAAAAAUUAACACCAAAACAAUUGCAAAAGAGACAAGAAAUUAUCAAAAGAAAGGAAGAGAAGCAGAAAUUAAAAAUGGAAAAAGAAAAAAGACGGGAGAAGGAAAAAGCAAAUCGGCGAAUGGAGAAAGAAGAGAAGCAGAGAGAAAAAGAAGAAAAAGAGAGAAUUGAAAAAGAACAAAAGAAAAAGGAAAAAGAAUUAAAAGAACUUAAAAAACAAAUGGAGAUCGAACAAAAACAAAAAGAAAAGGAAGCGAAAGAAGAAGAACGGAAAAAGCGAGAAGAAGAGAAAAAAAGGAAAGAAGAGGAACGACUGGAAGCCGAACGCAAGAAACAGAAAGCUGCCUCGAAUUUUGCGAGCUUUUUUGUUUCUAAAAAACAGGAGGUUAAAUCAGUGGAGGAAGAAAGUGUUAUUGGAGUGAAAAAUUUUAUGCCUUUUGAAAUAAAGGCCGACAUGAGAAUCGCACCGAUUUGUCGAAGGAAGUUGACUGAACAUGAUAAAUUAUUGUUUGAUAAUAAGUGUAACGUAGAUUUAGAUAAAAUUGAAUUAUAUCUCGAAGAUAUUAAAAAAGGAAGAAUAGUGCCACGUACUUCCUCCAAAACGUGGCCGUUGGAAACAAAAGAAGAUGAAAUUAUUCUACUAGAUGAUGACAAUGACGGCAGUUCCAACAUUAUAACGAACACGCAUAACUUGGAAAAGCACCGGCCGAAAUUACUGCAAUUCAACGAAAAUCGUCGUCCUCCUUAUUGGGGUACAUGGCGAAAACGAAGUAGCAUCAUAAAUUCUCGGCGGCCAUUUGCAAAAGACAAGAAAUUGUUUGAAUAUGAAAUUGAUUCCGACGAUGAGUGGGAAGAGGAAGAACCUGGCGAAUCACUCAAAGGAUCGGAUGAUGAAAAGGAUGAAAAGGAGGAAAAUCCGGAAGAAAAUGAAUACGACAUCGACAAUGAGUUCAUGGUUCCUCAUGGAUAUUUGUCCGAGGAAGAAGCGCAGGCUGAUGAGGAAGAAAUGGAGGAUAUGUCACCGCAAACACAGAAAAUGAAAUUGAAGAUAUUAGGAAAACAAUUUGAAGCUGAAAGAAACGCGAAAACACAUAAACUUAAGCCAAAAAUAAUCGGAUGCAUUUGGCAGGGACCCGGCAAUUCAUUUCCAGAAUCUAUUCCUCCAAAAGUCAAAGAAUUCUUGUCAGCUCGGCAAGCUUGGGUCAACAAUAUACCGAUAAUACUUCCGUCGUCGUCAUCACCGGAAGAAGAUACUUCGACUAAUAUUGAAUGCAAGACGCCUAGCCAACAAUCUGUAAAAGGACCUAAGAAAACCAAGUUCCCUGAUGAAGCUUUGCCUGAUCUGAUCCGGUUAGUGCACGGAAACAGACAUGGCAGGCACAUUCUUAUGAGAGAGUUCAUGACAUUUUGGAGCAAAAAGAGUGGGAGUCAUUUAUCGAAAGUUAGCGUAUUAUCGAAGAUCAGUGAAAUCGCUGACAGGAUAGCAUGUCCCGAAGAGGGACCGAUGCAUCUUAAAUCUUGCUGGUACAUUCCAGAAGGCAUCCGAAAGCAAUAUCUUCCUGACAUUAAGCUGUCAUUACCGAAUUGUUGGAAGUAUAUUUUGGUACCAAGUCAGAAAAGCGAUUCUCAAAACGUUAUAACUGAUAAGACUGAAAAAGAAGAAAAAGAUAAAGAAAAAGAAAAGAAACAUAUACCACUUAUUACUCAAUUCACUAAAAAAAUCACACAGGGAGAUAUAAAGAAACAACUUGUAAAAUCUGACCAGAAAGAGAUAAAAAAACAGUCUUCACUCGACCAAAAGGAGAAACAAUCGAAAUCCAAUCAGGAGGAGACAAAGAAAUCACUAGCAAAACAACAGGAGAUACAAAAAGAGUCGACAUCGAAAUUAGACCAAAUUUCCGUCCUACCGAAACUACCUCCGCUACAAAGACCUCCUAAACGGGCAACUUUAAUCUCUGUAGGUAGGGGAGAACAAUUUCCAGAAAGAUCUCGACAAAAUGUGUUAGCCGAAUUCGUGGGUCUUAAUAAGAAGAAAGAGGAACCAUUGAAUAACGAAAAAACUAUUGAUUCAGACAAGGUUAGACUUAUGGAGAAUAAUGAUAUGAACAAGACGAAUCAAAAGUUAGAAUCGAGUGAGAAGUCGUAAAACUUUCACGAUAAAUAGUGAGAAAGAGACUUCAAGAGCAUAUAAUAAUCAUUGAUGACUAUUAUGUAGAAA